AUGUUUGCGCGGCCGGUGGACCCCUUCUUUGCCUACAACUCGGCUAUCUCGGCUGCCGAGAGGCGCCACAAGGAAUUGGAACUUCUCGCUCAACAGAACAGCCGCCACCGCCUCUCUUCCCAGCAGGAACUCGGACACCAGCAGCCUCCUCGCCUCGAUACCAACCAGUCCCCUUCCUCUGCAAACAUCCACAACAAGAGACGGAAACACUCGCUGCACUUUGAACCAGAGUUCCUCUCUGCCCUUGACUCAUCCCUCCAGGAUCUUCCACCUGUCCUCUCACGGCCCCGUCCUUGCAAGAAACCCAGGCGCUCAACAGCGACGGUCUCUAUCAACGGAAACCACACCUCUUCAAACAGUGCUACCAACUCUUUCGCCCAAUCGAAUGCUUCGCCAACCACAUCGCCUCGCUUUUCCACUUCCUCCAAGACCACCGAGGGACCUAGCAUUAUCGAUCUUUCUUCGGGCGAGGAACUUAUCCCCAUGAACGUCGGUCAGAGUGACCACAAGCGCCCACGCGAAAGCGUAACCGAUUCUUCUUCGUCCUCGUCUGUCGAGUCUUUGCGGGAGGUGUAUGAUGUCAUGGAGGAUGGCUCGCUCAACGCUGUACUCGACCACGCUCCUGCCUUGCCUUCGCCUGCCAAGCGUUCAAGAGUCGAUUCCUCUCCAAACGACGACGGACCCUUGAGAUCUUUAGAUGAACUGGAGCAGGGUCGAGAUCGGAAGCGUCCAAACAGGCGCAGUACUGCUCGUCCAAGACAUAUGCACGCUACCAUCAACGCCACCAACAACAACAACAACAACACAUACGACUAUCGCGAUGAAGCAAUGAUGGACAUAGCUGGCUGGAUGAGUGACGACGAAGAUUACCACACCAACGACACGCGCCAGAAGGCGGCACGACCCGAGAUGGCUCUGAUCCGAUAUGAGGGUCCCAAGACCGUCACUCUUGCCGACGGUGUCGAAGCAUUGAUCCGAAAGCGCUGGAAUGACGAUCACUAUAUCCCUUCAUUGGACAACUUGCAAGGCAACGAGUUGGUUCUUUACCGGCCCCCUCCUCCCCGAGCCUUGCUAGACAAUGACGACAACGACGACGAGCCCUCCUUAACAGUUCUCGAGGAACUCGGUGACGACUACAACAUCUACCAGGCCGCUCAUACCUCCGUCGAUAACUCUGACAGGCUGAUCCACGAAUUGGAGGACAAGAUUAUGGACAUGGACCUUGAUUAA